AUGCAGUUUGAUGCUGGUUUAAUGGUAAUAAGGGGCCAAGUUCAAGCUAGCAUGAAGGAUAAAGUGUAUAAAGUUGAGAUAAACCCAAACAAAUCAGGACAGAUUGAAACAGCAAAAUGUAUGUGUUCUCGUAGAAUAAAGUGUCACCACAUAGCAGCAUUAGCACUUUUUGGACACUACAAUAUAUCCGUGAGAGAUAAAGAAUGUACUUGGAAUGUCCCUACUAAGUCCAAAAGUGCUCCAUUGAAAACAACUGAAGAAUUUUAUCCAUCCAAGCCCUUCAAAGCAGUUGAAGAAAACAUAAGUGAACAAGCCAAAAACAAGCUGAGGGAACAAUUAAGCAACUUUGGUGAUACUGUGGGGUUCACUUGGAUCUUACAAGAGGACAACCAUGGUAGACUCAAUAUGAACCUUCCACUCAUCGAAGAUAUUGUUACUGGCAAAAAUUUCUAUGAGGCUGAAGACAAAUUAGAAUACUUCAAGGUACAAGUUCCAAUUGAAGAGUUUGGGGCAAAAAGCGGUCAAAGACCAAAUUUGUCAAAAUCGAGAUUUCGUCAGAUUUUGCAUUAA